AGGCAACCCUGUAACAUAACAUAACAAAAGAAGAUACAAAAAGAAAAAAAAUAAAUAUACAUUUUUCAUCCGACUGAAUAAUAAAUCGAAAAUUAAUCGCAAAAAACGCAAAAAGUAAAAAACACACAGAAAUUUGUAUUUGACCUCAUAAUCGAUAAACAACAUAAUUUAUCACGAAAAUAAAAUCGUCACGUCAAAAGAGAGAAACAAAUUAAAAGUAAAGUGAAGAUAAAAUAAAAAAGGAAAACACCAUGAAUUUGGUGGACCACAAUCCGUACGGCAAUGGCUUGCUGUAUGUGGGAUUUAAUCAAGAUCAAGGAUGCUUUGCCUGCGCCACAGAUUCGGGGUUUCGUGUAUUCAACAGUGAUCCAUUGAAGGAAAAAGAACGUCAAUAUUAUCCAGAGGGUGGCUUAAGUUAUGUGGAAAUGUUAUUUCGCUGCAAUUAUUUGGCCGUUGUUGGUGGCGGUAUUCGACCCUUGUAUCCCCCAAAUAAACUAAUAAUAUGGGAUGAUUUGAAAAAAGCGCCAGCCAUAUCAUUGGAUUUUAAUCAACCCGUUAAGGCGGUGCGCUUAAGGCGAGACCGCAUUGUUGUGGUUUUUGCGGGUUUUAUAAAAGUAUACACCUUUACACAACAGCCGCGACAAUUGCAUGUCUUCGAAACCAAUGCUAAUCCUCAUGGUCUAUGUGUUUUGUGUCCUCAUAGCAAUAAAAGUUUAUUGGCAUUCCCAGCACGUCGAACUGGUCAUGUGCAGAUUGUUGAUUUAGGAAACACCGAACGGGCACCCCUUGAAGUGGUGGCACACGAAGCCAAUAUUUGUUGCAUCGCAUUCAAUCUACAAGGUACACGAUUGGCUACAGCCAGCGAAAAGGGCACGCUAAUUCGAAUCUUUGAUACAGAAACGGGUAAAAAGGUGAAUGAACUCAGACGUGGCAGCAAUCAAGCGACUAUAUAUUGUAUAAAUUUCAAUCAUACGUCUACCAUGCUGGUAGUUUCAUCCGAUCAUGGUACUAUACACGUAUUCAAUUUGGAUGAUAGCAAGUCCAAGGAAUCAUCACUACCAAUAGUACCAAAAUAUUUUUCGAGUCAGUGGAGUUUUGUUAAAUUUUCCAUACCCAAGGAACCGCCUUGCAUUUGUGCAUUUGGUUCAGAUCCUAAUUCUGUAAUAGCAAUAUGUGCUGAUGGCCAUUAUUAUAAAUUCCUUUUCAACAGCAAGGGCGAAUGUAGCCGCGACGUAUGUACUCAAUUCUUGGAAUUAACUGACGAUGAUUAAGAUGUAACAAAUUACAAUAAUCUUAACUUUCCUUGUUUAUUGAGUAGUAGUACUAAACUUAUUUUAAAAUUUUUAUUUGUGAUGUCGCCUUCGUCGUGUUUUAAAUAUUUUCAUUUAAACUAUAUUUUUUCUUUAUCUUAAUAUAAUCAUUUUAAAAAGAAAUCUAAAGUUUAAGGAAUGAAAUAAUAAUGUUUUAAAAAGAGAGAAAACAUAAAAAUACAUGUUAAAGAUUGCUUUAUAUAUAUGGAAAACAUAUUAAAUAUAAAAAUUACAUAUAAUUAAAAAUAUAUACAUACAUAUAUAAAUUAGUGCAAACAAAAUGUAUUUGAUUUUGUUGGCUUGAUCAAUGCCAAUAAAAUUAACAGAUUUAUAAA